AUGGCCGACGCCGCCGCGUACCUCAAGCUUGGUAAGAAGAUUCAGUGUAAUCGAUUUGGAAGAGCCGGUGUGGCUCGAGUGGAAACAACUGUCAUUAAAGGCGACGGAUAUGCGACAACUGCUGGUAACCACGGCACCGCCGGCAUAGAUGCCACCUCCAGCAGCUCUACAAGUGGUUUAGUAGUGGUGCAGGUGAAUGACGCCCAGCGAGAGAUACAGCAGCUGCCCAUGAAGCGGAAAAGAGUAGCGAAGCGAUCGCGCUGUGACAGUGACGAAGAGGACCCACUUGCAGCACCACUUGUGAUGUCGAGCGUCACGGUGACUGAUGCACCUGUGACAUGCAUAUGCGAACCCCUUUCAGAUGUUUUGGCCACCAGGGAUGUAACUCUUGAUGAUGGAUUGAAUUUGGCCAACGUGGCAUCACCCACGGCACCGGUGCCGCCGGUAGAAGGGGUGGCCCAGCGCACCAAUCUCAUGGCGAAGUGGUUCCCUGCAUUCUUGCAGGAGCGCAAGCUGGACGCGGCGGUGGCACCCUCGAUGAUGUUUGUGGAGGCAACUGUCGAGCGCGUCAACAAGAUGCGUGAAUACGUUCUUAUCCUGCGCUAUGGGAUUGAGGAUGUGGAGUCCCUCUUGGAAGAAACGCGGCAAGCACAGUCGAUAGUCUGGAAUAAAGAGUCGACAGACUGUACUUCGACUCAUCAGCGGCAACAGCGAGAGUGCUGGGAUCUGACAGGCAAGGAUGUUCGCGCGCUGGUGCGCUCCGUUGGUCUUCCGCGCUUCACCCAGGCGCUCGCCGAGUUUUCCGAUGUGGUCUUCAACUCACGUUUGUCAGCUGCUGCCGCCGUCUACAGCAUCUUAUCUCGGCGGCGUCGCGUUGGUACGCCGAUGGACUACAACAUCAAAGCCUGGCAUGAGUAUCUCAACACUCACGGACCACAAAGAGGGUACGCGCCACGCCUUUCCGAUCUUCUCUGGUUGAGUGCAGCGAGCACCUCAGCGAUGUUCACUGCUACGGCAAGUCGGCUGUUGCGUGGUGCACGGUCUUGCACGAAGCCGACCAGUGUGUCGGAUGCUGCCGAGGACGACAGAGCAUCGUACGCAGAGUCCGAGAACGACUCUAGGUCCUCGGAUCGACCGAGGUUCUUCGACAACACCGAGAAUGCCGCUGAAGAGGAGGAGCCGGUGACGACGCGCAUCGGGUGGUUGUCGGCGUCCGUUACUUUUCCACCUACACUAAGUCCUGAUCAGCGGGCGCUUCUCUCUUUUCUACGGUUUCUGAUGCCAACCUCCCACACGUCAUUGGAGCGUACGAGUUCGGCAGGUUACGGGGUGUGGCUCUUCGCGGCCUUUAGCGCACUCGAUAUCCCCCUCGACCCUGACACAGAUCGCCUCGCACAUGACCUAUUCCGCACUUGCUGUCGACACCUCCGCACACUCGCAGAUUGGCAAGGUCUCAAAAGGGAA